AUGCAAAAUCAACGAGCUCAAGAAGUAGAAGUUGCCUUGAAAGAAACUCGUAUAGAUAUCAAAGAGAAUCUAAAAGACUAUACAUUUUAUUCUUCUAUUCCAGGUUCAAAUAUCAAAUCUCGAGAAGAAAUAUUAGCAUUUCGUGAAAAGAUGAAAUGUAUCACUACAAAAGGAAAAUGGGUAUUUGAUAAAACUCCAAGAGAAAUUCUUAAACAUAAACAAGAACCUCUUUACGGAAAAUGUGAUAAAUCUUCAAAUAAAAGGAAUUCCUCUAUUGAAGAGAUAUGGGAAAAUACUAGAAAUUCAGUAAAAUAUAUUUGGAAACCAUCACAUCAAUGCCCACUUCCUAAUUUCACUAGAGAAGAUUUUUGCUCACUAAUUAUUGGCCUAAAGUUUUUAUUAGUAGGUGAUGUAUUAUCAUUUCAACUCCAUGAACUAUUACUUGAUUAUUUUCAUGAUGGACCUGUUCAAUGUUAUGGUCAUAUAUCUUGUAAAGAACAUGUUUUAUGUCGACCUUCACCACAUUUGGAAGAUGCGUAUAAUUUAACUUCGAAAAUGAAGUACGUUCGUAAUGAUAUAUUGUCUAGUAAAAAAUUUAUACUUCUCCCGGGAGACCAUGAUUACGUGGAAUUAAGAAAUGUAGAAUUACCUUGGAUUUCUUUUUCUUAUCGUUAUAAUGUAAUCAUACUUAAUAAAGGUCAUCAUUAUCAGGAUGAUAAAACUUUUCGAUUAACUUUAAUAAAUGCAAUAAUAAAUAUUCGCAAAAAAAGGCCAGAUACUCUCAUCAUCUUUAAAUCUGCUACAUUAGGUCAUCAAAAUUGUAAUGAUCCUGAUCUUAAACCUUUAGAAACUAAUUAUAAUAUUAAUGAAUUGAAGAAUGUACCUUAUCAUUGGGAUGAAAUACAUAAACAAAACAUGAUCGCUAAAGAAAUUGUUGAAGCUGCUGGUGGUGUUUAUUGGAAUUUAGAAUAUAUUAUGGAAACUAGAGUUGAUGGUCACAUUGGCGGUCGUGAUUGUUUAAGAUGGUGUAUACCAGGUCCUAGUGAUAUUUGGUUAAAUUUAUUAUCGUAUAUUACUGCAUCCUACGUGCUAUUGAAUAAAUAUUGA